AGACACAAUAAAGUUUAGCAGUGGACGCUCGCAGGCAGUGCGCACAGAAGCGGAGUUGCAGAAUCUAACGGGGGAACCUAUUAUUUAACCCACGGAGUCCCCAACCAGAGACGACACAACGAAUUACCAGGGAUUUUUCUGACAUGUGCGCGUUUCCUGAAUAUUUAAACAGCAGAGGCGCGCAGAGAAAGCUGCUGUUUGGAGAUUUGAAUGGCUCAGAGUGGGAUAUUGUAGCCUCCUAAAACAAAAAAACGCACGGAUUUCACCAACUCCGCUCCUGUUGGACUAUCUCCACGUGUUUUCGUUACCCAGGGCGACGGUACGGUGUUUGUUGGAGAUAAUCACAGCUUUCCGGAGGACGCCUGCCCGGUCCUGGGGGUGGGUGGGGGGGGGAGGAAACAUGCCCGGGAUGCCGCUCGCCGCGCUCGCGUUGCUCCUCCUGGUCUGUCCACGCUGCGUGGUCCAGGCUUUCGGAGACGAGGUGGAGGAGAUGACCUGCGACCCGAUCCGGAUCAGCAUGUGCCAGGGUCUGGGCUACAACGUCACCAAGAUGCCCAACCUGGUGGGCAACGUGCUGCAGUCGGACGCAGAGCUCCAGCUGACCACCUUCACGCCGCUCAUCCAGUACGGCUGCUCCAGCCAACUUAAGUUUUUUCUCUGCUCAGUUUAUGUGCCCAUGUGCACGGACAAGGUCCCCAUCGCCAUCGGGCCGUGUGGUAGCAUGUGCCUGUCUGUCAAGAGAAAGUGCCUCCCAGUUCUACACGAGUUUGGCUUUAUAUGGCCUGAGGUCCUCAACUGUAGUCGCUUCCCACCUCAAAACGACUACAAUCACAUGUGUAUGGAGGGUCCUGGGGAUGAGGACCCCCCUUACCCGCCGGUCCGCCAUCCCCCACAUCAGGAGGAGUGCCUAGGAUCUGCACCUGACCAGUACACCUGGCUCAAACAGACUGAAACCUGCACUCUCCAGUGCGGCUAUGACAGUGGGCUCUACCGGCGAGGGGCCAAAGUCUUCACCGAUGCGUGGAUGGCGGUGUGGGCCGUGCUGUGCUUCCUGUCCACCACUCUGACUGUCCUGACCUUCCUCUUGGACUCUCAGCGCUUCUCUUACCCGGAGAGGCCCAUUAUCUUUCUCUCCAUGUGCUGUAAUCUGUACAGUGUUGCCUACCUUGUGCGACUGACUCUGGGAAGGGAGCGCGUUUCCUGUGAUCUGGAUGCUGCAGCCGUACCAAUUCUGGUACAAGAAGGAUUAAAGAGCACUGGCUGUGCCAUAGUCUUCCUCCUCCUUUAUUUCUUUGGCAUGGCCUCCUCACUCUGGUGGGUGAUCCUGACCCUCACCUGGUUUUUGGCUGCUGGACUGAAGUGGGGCCAUGAGGCGAUUGAAAUGCACAGCUCCUAUUUCCACAUAGCUGCCUGGGCCAUCCCAGCUGUUAAAACCAUUGUCAUCCUCAUUAUGAGACUGGUGGAUGCAGAUGACCUCACCGGGCUGUGUUACGUUGGCAACCAGCAGCAGGAGGCACUCACAGGGUUUGUGGUGGCACCACUUGCCACGUACCUUCUAAUAGGCACAUUGUUCAUCUGCGCGGGCCUCGUGGCUCUUUUCAAGAUCCGCUCCAAUCUGCAAAAGGACGGAGCCAAAACGGACAAGCUGGAGCGCCUCAUGGUGAAGAUCGGGGUGUUUUCCGUUCUCUACACCGUCCCAGCGUCCACCGUCAUCGGCUGUUAUCUGUACCAGCUGUCUAACUGGGGGGAGUUCGGGGCCUCCACCCGGGACUCGUACGUGGCGUCGGAGAUGCUUCGGAUCUUCAUGUCGCUGCUUGUUGGCAUCACGUCGGGGAUGUGGAUCUGGUCCGCAAAAACCCUUCACACCUGGCAGCGCUGCACUGCGCGGCUGCUCAGAGACAGCCGAGCCAGCCGGAGUGGCAAGAGGGCGCCGGGCGAGGGCUGGAUCAAACCAGGAAAGGGCAAUGAGACGGUGGUGUGAAAAGGAAACCGGAGCGAGGAUGGACAGGAAUGAAUUCUGCCUUCUCCUGAAUAGAAACUCAUUCUGCUAAAUGAAGGAUGAAGAGAAUGGGAAAAUUAGAGAGGUGUUGAAAGUCACGAGGACAAAGGAACAUGGCAGGACUUUCUUUAAAAAAAGCCAUCGGGUGAUCUCCCUGACAGUUCCUCACUCUAAGCCUUUGUGAGGGGCUAUGAAGGAGAAAACAGGGAGCCGAGUCAUACGAUUGUAGCAACAUUAGAUUCUCUACCUCUGCUCGCUGUCGGUGCUCAGAGAGGUGGAGAAAGCAAAAAAAAAAGUUCAGGAAGACACGGAAUAGGCAGAGCUGAAGAAUCUAUAUGUAGACAAGCUACACCAAUAAGCUGUACAGCACCGUGUCUACCUCUCUGUCCCUCUUUUCUUCCCUGGGAGUCCUCAGCAGAACAGACUGAACCUGCUGAAUUCCGAAAACUUGUGCGGUGUUGUUCUUUUAAGGGUCUUUUGAAGUUUGAAAUUUUACACUGGAGUAGAUAUUGUACAGGUGUGGGCUGAAGUUUCCCAAAAACACCUGACACCCUAAGAAACCCUUCAACCAGUAGAUAUCAAAACAGCAGAGUAUUGGAAUGAAAAUCUGAAACAUCUUCAAUUUGUUUACAUUUAAACUUUAAACAGUUAGGAGUAACGGCUUGAUGUAAAGCACAAAAGGACGUUGGAUAUUAUGACUUCAACUUUUUGGGAACCCAGCUCUAAGCUGUAAUAAUGCACUAUAAUUUGUAAAAUAUGUAAGUGUGGGACAGCAACACUGAUGGGUCUACAACAUUACAGCACAGUAAUAGCCUUUACGAGUGGGAUUAUUUUCAUUUUGAAUACUAAAAAGAGCUCUCAGCAUUAUUAUUAGUAUUUUUAAACCAAGUAUCUGCGAGUGCAUGUUGUGCAUUUUGUUGCCCCAUGAAUCCAGAAGCAUCAGUUCCUCUUGAAAAUGUCUGUCUUUGCGGUUCUGUCCUGCAGUCUGUGAGAAGCUCGGCUAACUCCUAACGAUGUGUCCACUCCUCCUGGAAAACCCUGGACUGUAUAUGCUCUGGGGUUACCAUGAAUUCCAGGAAAUUUAAUUAUUACCCCAGCCCUUUUCCAAACAUUGGGUCUCCGGCAGGUUUAAGGACGAGAAUUUACGGACAAUCAUUUGCCAAAAUAUACAUUGUGCCGGAGAAAAAGCUUUUCAUGCCAAGCUUUCAUAUAUUUCUCUGCUAGAGUAUAAAAGAUUAAAUGCUUUCCUAUUUUCUGAAGCUGAUACGAAGUGUGUCGAGAGAAGCUACUCCUGGCAUUAAAAAGGACAAGCGUGCUCCUCUGGAGCGUUGAAAGGGCCGUGCACUAUGUGGUUAAAAAAAAAAAAAGACCAGUUCAUACAUAACCACACUUUCAAUUGCCAAUAAAAGCAGGAAAAAAGGCAAUAAGAAGAAAACAUUGAUUUGAUACUGUAUCCUACUCUUUAAGCUGAAGUAAAACCAGCACUACAUAUAUGAUGCUUUCUGUUGUGACUUGCCAGCAUGCAUCUUUGCCUGAUACAUUAGGGCUCAUUCCCCUGACAAUCAAAUCCUCCUUGAGAGAGACUUUUGUACAUUUUAGAAUUCUAUGGGCGAUGGAGCUCUUUAAUAGCUGGCCCGUUUUUAUUUGUGCAGUUACUUGCAAUAUUUGCAAGCUUAAAAAAAAGUGUUGAUCCUGACUCACCACUGUCCUUUGCCUAUCAAUCUCAUAAACUGUGUUCUUGCCUGACAAUCGAUAAAACUUUGUCUUGUUUUUCUGUCAUUUGAAUGUCUAAUAUGUGGUAUGUCCCAAAUUUUGUUCAGGGCAGUAAUGUGAUUUUUUUCCUUUCUACUUUUUGUAUAAUUUGUAACCAGAUAUUGCCCAUUCAACCACUCGUGUUUUUUAAUCAGUGUUUGAAAUAAGAAUUUCAGGGCUGCAUUAUACCUAAAAAUCAAUCUAGCGUUGAUGGUUCAGAUGAAAUCUGGAAGGUUGGUUAAAACAUUUUUUUUUUCUCAAACCAGCAUACCUUGGAACACUUAUUAAAUUUACAAAGUCAAACAAACAUUACAUUCACUUAAAGUAAAUUAAGUUAACCUCUGACCACCUCCAUUCUGAGCUAAUGUGGUUUCCCUCUCAAUCUGCCCUCAAUGUUUUGGCUGCCUCGUCUCCUGUGACCACACUGAGCUUCAGGUGACAUUUCCAAACUAUCACAGAAUGUGCCUUGAAAUUCAAUGCCUGUGCAACACCUAACCACUGUCAGCACGGACUUGUAAACGCUUUUGAGAAACCCUGAUGUGAAUCACUGCUGAGGUCAGUUCCCAACACAGAUUGUAGCCUUUAAAGGUUUGGACUGCUCCUUCGUGUUGAACGCUCAUUGUCUUGAGGACAUCAAUGUAUUGUAAAGAAAGUGCUAAUUUAUCCUUGUAAAAAAGUGACAAAUUUAAAACUUGUUUAUUUAAGUACACUUUUGUAUCAGAAGAUGAAUAAAACAUUUUGAUUUCCAGACUGGUUUUAUAGUGUGGCACAUCUUGUCUCAGGCAUGGCACAUGCACAUGCACUUGAGUGUUGUUGUUCCAACUAUAUGUGACUAAAUUGGGGCCUUUCUUGAUUACUUUUCUAAAAAAGUUUAAGCUUUUUGAUAUGCGGUAAACCUUUUCUUUUCAAUACAUAAUUUGACAGGAAAAAUUGCUUUUCUAUUUUAGAUCUUAGCAUUUCCAAAACCAAAGAGACUAUCUGGAGUUGAAUAAGGCAAAGAAAGCAAAUCGUCACUUAAUUUACAGUGUACAGUGUGCUUUCUUUUAUUUGGCCUCUUUUACUGGGAGCUUCCACCUCAGUUUGUUGCAUUACCUCACUGUUCUCCCUAAAGGCCGCUAUGAAAAAAACGGGACAGAUAAAGAUAGAAAGUAAAUGAGGGAGUGAAAAGAUUAAUGUUCUGCUGCGCUGCAUUAACUUCCUGAGUUGGACAAUGCUGCCAUCUUUUGUCUGAGGUGACAAAUGAAUGCUUCAAAGCAUGCCUCUGCUCUUUGUGAGUUAAGUCCUGUACAUCAACAUCAUCAACAUCUUUUAAUGUAUUUUACAUUUCAUAUUAAAGGAUUACUUAAACUAAGUUAAAUUUGCUUUGAAUUCAACGUGGAAAGCGGUACCGUGCCAUCAAUAGAAACUAUUAGAAUCUACUAGAUUCUCAGGAUCCCAAGACAUGUACAUAACCACCUUUACAGAAGACACAGAUAGGUGUCCCCUGGCUUUCCACUUACACUUGAGAGAAGCUAGGCUGUAUUUGCCUGUGAGGGGAUAAUAUUUCAUUCAGAAAAACUAAUUCACUCUUGGCAUGUCCGUGUGUGUUUGUGUGUGUGUGUGAGUGUCAGAAAGUUAAAAAAAAAAGACAUGAAGAGUCAUAAUAUCUGAGUGCAGCUCCAAUUGCCUUCCUGUAAAUUACUCUGAGUGAAUUGAGUGUUUGUUUAAGAGCGUGCUUUAAAGCCUGAGGUAAAGGGAAAGUGACAGCAUCUACUUCUCUAUCGUUUCCAGAUGUGGCUCCAGACACACACACACACACAAAUGCUGAGAGAGUUUGGGCAUCGCAAGCAUGUUCAUGAGUCGACAGGCAUAUUCACACACACGAAGAAAGAUGAAAACUUCUAACACUUUCCAAUGAAUACCUUACAUGGUAGUAUUUGUUUUGCAUUGCUUUUGAAUGCACUAAACCUCCUGGAGUUUGAAGGGAGUUUUCCAGUGAAUUCCACAGGUCAUUUAGUUUCCAGGCAUUUCCCUCUAAGCAGCAGUUUCUAAAGUUCUGUGGUUAUUUAGGGAAGCAGUAACUUGUAGCACACAAUCUUUAACAGUCAACAGAUCUCCUAAAAUGC